AUUAGACGCCUUCUUUGUUUUUUAAGCCGGUUUAAUAAAAACGGGAAGCAUUCUUCUUAUGAAAACCAAAAACGGCAAGGUGUUUAUCAAACAAAAUCCAGAGUAAGAGUGUGUUUGGUCAUCUCGAGGUCAGCUGGGUGUAGAAAUCGAGCGACGGCGGCGGAGACGACGGCAAUGAACAGACUGAGAUGGGUCGGAGAGGGAGACAUCUGGGACCUCGACAUGUCAACUCCGGCAACACUCGAGGGUAUCGCACGAGCUGUUCCCGACGAUCCUCUUCCUCUAGGUCUCUCUAGAGGCACUCGUCUCUCUCGCCCUAAGCAAGUUGAGUUCUUCCACCGCUUCAUGACCUCACCUCUCAUCCCUUCCUUCUCCCCUAUCCGUCCCAACACCGGAGAUGGAGGCUCUGGUGGAUUCUCUCUUCAAAGAGUCCUCACUCUUCCUUUCUCCAACAACUGGCUUGUGUCUCUUCUGGGCCAAUUCGAUGUUCAGAGAUUCGUAUCGGAGAUAGAAAAGACUAAAACUUUUGGUCGAGGGUCUUCGUCUACAGUAGCUUCUCGUUUAAACACAAUUGGCAAGCAUUUGAAGGAUAAAUCUUUGUACGCAUUGGGUUUUUGUUCUGAGUUCUUGUUAUCACCAGAUGAUACUUUGCUUCUUAGCUAUGAUACUUACAAAUGUGAUCUUGAAAAGAAUCCUCGGGCUAAGGCUAUCUUCAAUCACGAGGCAAUUUCUCUAAUAGAAAAUAACAACUUUUGCUUUGCUAUCUCUGUUAAAUUCCAAUGUGGGUGGAAUAAUAACCUAGGCUGCAUUAUUGGUCUGGAUUAUGUAGUUUGGGUUGCUGAGUUUCCGCUUCACAAUCUGACAGCAGAAGCGGCUUGGCCUGGACUUUUUGUGGAUAAACAUGGUGAAUAUUGGGAUGUGCCACUCUCAAUGGCUAUUGAUCUAGCAUCUCUUCCUGCUGAGUCGGGUCCAAGUUACCAUUUAUGUUUACACCAUAACAGCGGAUCACCCAAGAAGUUAAAUUCUGAUACUAUGGAAGUGCCUCCACCGUCACUGCUUCCUGGUUUGUCUGUGAAAUCCGCAGUGUCUUAUAGGACAAACAUGGAUCUCUGGAGGGGUACCACUCCAAAGCUCGAAACUUGCAAGCCCUAUGACGUCUUCCUCAGUAGUCCUCAUGUCGCAGUAUCUGGGAUUAUCGGCUCUGUGAUGACCGCAGCAUUUGGUGAAAAUUCAAUCAGAUCAAAAUCUGAGAAUGAUUCUGAGGGUGUUGGAGGGUUCUCUCUUCAUUUUCCAUCUGUAAAUUCCGGAUUCAUGGCUGAUGCCUUAGGGCGGGCAUCACUCACAGCUCAAUAUGGAAACUUCCAGAAGACCUUCUUUGAUCUCACCCGUUUCCAUGCUAGAUUAGACUAUCCGCAUGGUUUGAGGUUUCUUACCGGUGCCACUAGCGUCGCACAAGAUCUUUUAAAUUCUCGGCAGCCUAGUUUAGAAGCAUUUCAGAAAAUCUGCCCUGAAGUAUUAGUUUCUCUACAGCAACAGAUUGUUGGACCGUUUAGUUUCAAAGUGGAGUCUGGAAUUCAGAUUGAUCUGAAGAACGGAGCUAACCCUGUGACUAUAGAUAAGACAGUAUUUGCUAUUGAAUAUGCUCUACAAGUGCUUCUUUCUGCCAAGGCUGUUGCUUGGUACUCCCCAAAACAGAAAGAGUUCAUGGUUGAGCUUCGUUUCUUUGAGACAUAGUAUCAGGAUUUUUUCGACUCAAAAUAUCAAGCUUGAUCCUGUUAAGAUUGUAGUCUUGCAGAAAAGUAAAUAGACAAUAUUAUA